CAGGUGGGCUAGGCUGUGUUGGGUUGCGAAGGGGGAGAAUAACGUCGGGUCGGGUCAGCGGGCGCUGCAGUAGUCGCCGCAGCGGCGAUGGGAGCGGUGGGGACGAGGUGGCGGCGGCGGCGGCAGGAGGAGGAGCAGGGGCUGGCACAAGAGCAGCGGCUGGGGGUGGCCAGCAGCAGCAUUAACAGCAGCCGCCGCCGCCGCCGCCAGUAAACGCGGACGGUACCCGAGGGGACUACCAAGCCGGCCGGCCCACGAAGCCGCGCUCGGGUCCCGCCGCAGUCGGCGGCGGGGGAUGGGCAGGCGGCGGCGGUCCCGCUUGCUGAGGGUUGAUCCCUGCGGGUCCUGGCCCUGAGCUGGAUCCGAGCCCUCCGCCCGAAAUCCCUGCGUCCGCCACGGCCCAGGUUAAAUGGAAACCAUCCUUGGGAGCUGGAUGCCUGUAUAGCCGUUUUAUCACAUCAGUCAAUUGCAAUGAGUGGAGGAGGAGAGCAACCGGAUAUUCUCAGUGUUGGAAUCCUGGUCAAAGAAAGAUGGAAAGUGUUGAGGAAGAUUGGGGGUGGGGGCUUUGGAGAAAUUUACGAUGCCUUGGACAUGCUUACCAGGGAAAAUGUUGCACUGAAGGUAGAAUCAGCUCAACAACCAAAACAAGUUCUGAAAAUGGAGGUGGCUGUUUUGAAAAAACUACAAGGGAAAGACCACGUUUGUAGAUUUAUUGGCUGUGGGAGGAAUGAUCGAUUCAACUAUGUGGUCAUGCAGUUGCAGGGUCGGAAUCUGGCAGAUCUACGACGUAGCCAGUCCCGGGGCACAUUCACCAUUAGCACUACUCUUCGGUUGGGUAGACAGAUUCUCGAGUCUAUUGAGAGCAUCCAUUCUGUGGGAUUCUUGCACCGAGACAUCAAACCGUCGAACUUCGCCAUGGGUCGCUUUCCUAGUACAUGUAGGAAAUGUUACAUGCUUGAUUUUGGCUUGGCUCGACAAUUUACCAAUUCCUGUGGUGACGUCAGACCACCUCGAGCUGUGGCAGGCUUUCGAGGGACAGUUCGUUAUGCAUCAAUCAACGCUCAUCGAAACAGGGAAAUGGGAAGACAUGAUGACCUUUGGUCCUUAUUCUACAUGUUGGUGGAGUUUGUGGUUGGUCAGCUGCCUUGGAGAAAAAUAAAGGACAAGGAGCAAGUAGGUUCUAUUAAGGAGAGGUAUGACCACAGGCUUAUGUUGAAACAUCUCCCUCCAGAAUUCAGCAUCUUUUUGGAUCACAUCUCCUCUUUGGAUUAUUUUACAAAACCAGACUACCAGCUUCUGACAUCCGUGUUUGACAAUAGCAUCAAGACCUUUGGAGUAAUUGAGAGUGAUCCUUUUGACUGGGAGAAGACUGGAACAGAUGGCUCCCUGACCACCACUACUACUUCUACCACCCCUCAGCUGCACACCCGCCUGACCCCCGCGGCCAUCGGAAUUGCCAAUGCCACUCCCAUCCCAGGAGACUUGCUUCGGGAAAAUACAGAUGAGGUGUUUCCAGAUGAACAGCUUAGUGAUGGGGAGAAUGGCAUCCCUGUUGGUGUGUCACCAGAUAAAUUGCCGGGAUCUUUGGGACACCCACGUCCCCAGGAGAAGGAUGUCUGGGAAGAGAUGGAUGCCAACAGGAACAAGAUAAAGCUUGGGAUUUGUAAGGCUGCUACCGAGGAAGAGAAUAGCCACGGUCAAGUAAAUGGUAUUCUGAAUGCUCCAAGCCUUGGUUCCCCAAUUCGUGUCCGCUCUGAGAUUACUCAGCCAGACAGAGAUGUUCCAUUGGUGCGGAAGUUACGUUCCAUCCACAGCUUUGAGCUGGAAAAACGUCUGACACUGGAGUCAAAGCCAGAUACGGACAAGUUUCUUGAGACCUGCCUGGAGAAAAUGCAGAAAGAUUCCAGUGCAGGCAAGGAAUCUGUUCUCCCUUCUCUGCUUCAUAAGCCUUGUGUUCCCGCCAUGUCCCGUACUGACCACAUCUGGCACUAUGAUGAGGAAUAUCUUCCAGAUGCUUCAAAGCCUGCCUCUGCCAAUACCCCUGAACAGGCAGAUGGCGGUGCCAGCAAUGGAUUUAUAGCAGUUAACUUGAGCUCCUGCAAGCAGGAGGUUGAUUCCAAAGAAUGGGUGAUUGUGGACAAGGAGCAGGACCUUCGGGAUUUUAGGACAAAUGAGGCUUUAGGUCAUAAAACAACUGGAAGCCCUUCUGAUGAGGAGCCUGAAGUCCUUCAAGUCCUAGAGGAAUCACCUCAAGAUGAGAAGCUCCUACUGGGUCCUUGGGCAGAAAGCAAUCACUUACAGAAAGAACCCUCAGGUGUGGUCUUAGCACUUUCUGGGGAAUGCCCUGCCACCGCUGCCUCGGAACAGUAUACGGAUCGGCUGGAACUCCAGGCGGGGACUGCUGGCCAGUUUGCUGCAGUGACACCCACGAGUCCCAUGGAAGCGCAAGCAGAAGGACCCCUCACAGCGAUAACAAUUCCUAGACCCUCUGUGGCAUCCACACAGUCAACUUCAGGAAGCUUUCACUAUGGUCAACAGCAAGAGAAGAAGGACCUUCAGCCUGUGGAACCCACUGUGGAACUUUAUUCUCCAAAGGAGAACUUCUCUGGCCUGGUUGCAACAGAAGGUGAACCUCCUAGUGGAGGAAGCAGAACAGACUUGGGGCUGCAGAUAGAUCAUACUGGUCAUGACUUGUUAGCCAAUAUUAGAGAGUGUAACAAAUCUCAAGAUCUAGGACCAAAUGACCAUCCUGACCAUAACAGACUGGCUUUGAGAGAACUUGAGAGUCUCCCUAGGGAAACUGAAGAGAAAAGCAAUCUUCUAAGGUCAGAUAAUGAAGAUGAGAAGUUAAGUAAAGGGCAGCAUUAUAUUGAGAUCGCCUCCCUUCCAGGAGACUUGGUAACUGUGGAAAGAGAUCACUCAGCUACCACUGAACCUCUUGAUGUGGCAAAGACACACACUUUUAGUGUAGUGCCAAAUCAAGACAAAAAUCAUGAGAUAAUGAAGCUUCUGGAGGUUGAAACUUCAGAAGUUUCUUCACAAGUCAUUGACCCACAUGUUGAAGGACAGAUAGGUCAGGUGGCAGCAAUGCAAAAAGGUAAGCCAUCUAAGGAUGAUGAUGUCAGGAGUGCAGACUUGCCAGGUCAGCAGGGAGACCUGUCUACAUUUUUGCACCAAGAGGGUAAGAGAGAGAAAAUGGCCCCUAGAAAUGGGGAAUUGUUUCAUUGUGUUUCCGAGAGCGAACAUUGUCCCCCAUCCCGGAAGGAUGUGAUCAGGUCAUCCUUUGUAACUAGACACAGCCGAAUCCCUGUUUUAGCCCAAGAGAUAGACUCAACUUUUGAAUCAUCCUCUGCAGUCUCCGCAAAAGAAAAGCUCCUCCAAAAGAAAGCUUAUCAGCCAGACCUCGUCAGGCUUCUGGUGGAAAAAAGGCAACUCAAGUCUUUCCUUGGGGAUCUCUCAAGUGCCUCUGAUAAAUUGCUGGAGGAGAGACUAGCCACUGUUCCCACCCCCUUUUCUGAGGAGGAGGUCUUUGCUCCCUUUUCAAGACUGGCUAUAGACUCGCACCUGAGCAGAUCAGCCGAAGACAGCUUUCUGUCACCCAUCAUCUGCCAGUCCAGAAAGAGCAAAAUCCCAAGGCCAGUUUCAUGGGUCAACACAGAUCAAGUCAGUAGUGCAACUUCAGCUCAGUUCUUGCCUCGGCCACCACCAGGAAAACCUCCCACGAGGCCUGGAGUUGAAGCCAGGCUCCGCAGAUAUAAAGUCCUAGGGAGUAGCAAUUCUGACUCAGACCUGUUCUCCCGCCUGGCCCAAAUUCUUCAAAAUGGAUCUCAGAAGCCCCGGGGCACUCCUCAGUGCAAGAGUCCAGGAUCACCCCACAAUCCAAAAACACCACCCAAGAGUCCAGUUGUCCCCCGCAGAAGUCCCAGUGCCUCUCCUCGAAGCUCUUCCUUGCCUCGCACGUCCAGCUCCUCACCAUCCAGGGCUGCACGGCCCCACCAUGACCAGAGGAGUUCGUCCCCGCAUCUGGGGAGAAGCAAGUCCCCUCCCAGCCACUCAGGAUCUUCCUCCUCCAGGAGGUCCUGCCAGCAGGAGCACUGCAAACCCAGCAAGAAUGGCCUGAAAGGAUCCAGCAGCCUCCACCACCACUCGGCCAGCACUAAAGCCCCCCCCGGGAAGAGUAAGUCAGCCACUAAACUCAGCAGGUAGAAGCCGGGCUGCAUCUCUGUGAAAGGUGUGAGAUCCUCCUCCUCAGCCUGAUGCAUGUGUGUCCCUGUACUGUCUAUUUAAACAAUCAGUGUUGAUCUUCUCUUGCAAAAGAAAGUAACAUGAUAAAUUAUUUAUAAGAAGACAUAAAUUUAUGAUAAGGAAUUACCUAAGGCAGGCAGCAAGCAGAUCAGGAAUCAAUGCCUUUGCAUAGGAAGGGGCAAUCCAGCAAAAUCCAAGGGGGGAGAUUAAAGGAACUCUCAUUUUUCAGCUGCCUUUGAAACAAAAGAGUUAAAGGUAGGAAAUGGAAUGGAAUUUUAAGGGGUUCGGCCUGUUUUUUUUUUUUUUUUUAAGGCAUUGCUCAAAGAUUAUAUAGCAAAAGUGAAAUUUGUUGUUUUAAUAUUUUCGUUCAAAACUUCCCAACCUUGGAGAGUCAGAAUUGCUUCAAUAGGAGGAUAUAUAACGAGUCUGCUGCUGAGGAGCCAGUGCCCGUGUACACACGGCUCGUGUGUUUGUUCGUGUACUGGGAGUUCACACCUUGACUUUGCCUCACUCCUGCUACCCUCCCUGCAUUUCACAGUUUUUAAAGUUAGAGUAUCUCCCCGGAAUCAGUCUCCCUUUUCUUACUUUAACAGUACCUUCUAAUAUGCUUUUAGCAGCACAUACUGAAAAUUUCCAAUCCAGUUGUGUGUGUGUGUGUUGUUUUUUUUUUUUUAGUCCCCUAAUAUUUUUCUGUUGAACAGAAAAAAGUAACAGUUAACUCAGUAUAUAUUUUUUUUUAACUCAGUAUAUUUUUAUUGUGAAAAAGAACUACUGAAACGUAGGUAAAGGAAGGAGAAGCUGAAACAGCCUACUGCACAGGCGUUAGCACGUUAGGGACAGAGGGACAGAGUGGGGUGAACACCCUUCAAGACAAAAGAACCCUCUUCCCCUCCAUUUCCUCCUUGUGGAAGGAAGACCGACCAGAGUAGACCUUGCUUUCUUAGGUCUUCUGGAAACUGACUGUUUUCCAAUAUCAACCUCCAAGAUGAUACCAGGGAAGUCCGAUGCUGUGGAAUGUGACUUUAUGCUCUUAGAGAUUUAGAAAGAAAAACAGAAAUUAGGUACGUUGUUGAGGCUUAUAAUCCUCAAACUUUGUAUUUUAUAUACAUUUAGCCAAUAAGGAAUGAGUAUCUGGGGAAAUAAAUUUAGGCUCAAUAUCUAUCUUUUACUGUUUUAUUACUGCUUCUCCUAUGCUUUAGUUUGAAUGUUUGGGCUUUUGGACCUGAUUUCCUUGUAACCUCAAUUUAUAAAGCUGCGAGGAGGAGCGUGUUUGUUCUCAUUUCAGUCUUCUGCUAAUAGGAAUCAGGCAAAAGUAAAUUAUGCUAGAUUUUUCCAAUGGGCUCUUUUCUACUCUGUAGGUGUUUUGUGUUGUACAGACCUUAUUGAGGUCAGGUAAAUUGGUCUGCUUGCUGUUGCAAUUUGCCUUCUAGCAAACAUCUGUGCUUUCUCUUUGACCUUGUGUUUGCUGCCAAAUCGAAUAUGGUUGAAUUGGAAACCAGAAAAAAAAAAGGGGGAAAAAAAAAAACACAAAAAGAAAGAAGUCUGUUUCCUCACCAGGUGAGUACAUUCUAAUGAUGCUGCAUCAAAGCUGCCCUGAAGCUGCACUGGUCUUCUCGUUCUCUCUGUGCGGAGCUGUUUUUAAAAACAAAAAAAAACAAAAAACAAAAAAAACCCCCGAAACUCCAAACACUAUCGAGUCCUAUACGAUCUCCUGUAAGAAAUGUAGCAUAGUGUGGAAUCUUAAUUUCUCUCCGGUUUCAAGCACUACAGAGGAAUGCAAUAGAUAAGACAUAUUUGCUAUGUAACUAAAGCAACUGUAAUACUGGAAGACCAGUCCUUCUGUAUGAUAUUGUAUAAUAUUUGCUAUAACAUUACUUGCAUGUCUUCAUGGUAAAUGGUAUAAAUAUUUAUAAAUAUAUAGAGAAACAUAUGCUUAUAUAAACUCAUUCUUUCUCCUUCUCCAUUUGUAAUUUCAAGAUCACAGAUGGUGAGAUUCCUUUUUAUUGUGUGCCUCGUGUACACUUGGGCCUCGCCUGUCUUCAUUUUCCAAAAAUAUGUUCUUGGCAUGGGACCCUUCAGAUUCUUCUUGCCUUCUUUGUGUAUAAUGCAAGGGUUGGCAGCCUUCAAGCCAAGAUAGGCUAUUUAAUUUUCACUUUUAAAAGAUUUUGAUAGGGGAAAAAAUUACUGGGACACGCUUGUAAUACUGGCUCAAAAAUUUGUCACGUUAAUCACAUAAUUCUGUCCUUAUGGUUAAAGGGGAUAAACUAGGGCAAUAAUCAUGGGUCUGACAUAAAUUGAUUUAAAGGGAAAAAAAAAAACUCUUAAAAAUUGCCAUUCUACAUUGCUCUUUGCACCUCACUACUUUUUGGAUGGUGGGGGAGUGGAGCAGUCUACAAUUAAGGAAUUAUCUUCUUUUUUCUCUUGUAUUAGCUAAAUUGUGCUAAAAGUAGCCAGCUUUAAAUCCUGACCCCUGUCAUUAGAAGCAUGCCCAUCAUAACCAUUGGAAAAGCAGAUGAGGCUAUAGUCAUGUGUGUGUGUUAUUGGUAUUUCUCUUCUAGAGGUCGAAACAAACAGUGAUGGCAACAUGGCAAUUGGGUGUUUUCUCUGUCUUGGUUUCUUCUGUUUUUCUCCCAACUCUUCCACUAUGUUGCCCCCUUUUCCAGAUGGCACCGACGAACUCCGUAUCCAGAGAGAAAUAGCCUCAGUGUAUAAGAAUACUUCAUCUUGCAUGUAGAGGAAAGAGUUAACCAAAGAUGUUUCAGCUCUGAUACUUUCAAAAGAAAACAGACUAGUUAUAUGUAUCAAUAGGUCCACGUAAAAGUACUAUCAUAUAGAGAUUUACUUUAUGGUUUUUAAAAGCGUAGUUUGUGCUUUUAGAUAUUCAGUGUCUCAGGCUAAAAAGAGAAGUUGGCAGCCCUGAGCAAAACAUUUUUGGCACAAGGAUUUUUGUUUUUGCUUUAAGAUAUGAUACAGAGAAUGAGUUGGUUGUUUGUUGUUUUAGUUACUUAUUUUUUGUUUUUUUUUUUUUUUAAGUGAUGGCAUAUUUCAGAUUUCAGUGACAAACAGAUCAUCCAAGUAAUUUUAAACCACUUUGGUUAUUUUAUCUAAGCUGAGGGACAUGGCCAUUAAUUAAAGUCAAGCCAAACUAUAUGAAAAGUAGUAAGAGGCAAAAGUGAAAAUCAGUUUUCGAAAAUCAGGUGUGUCCUGGUUUCUCCUCUCACAACACAAUGGCAGCCCUAAUCAUACUUGCCCUUACCCCGCCAUGUCUAGUCUCCGGAGUUACUUGGGUGGAGCAGAAAAUGGAUUCGCACCUUUCAGUCCCCAUCAGCAGCAUUCUUGCAUUAUGCCACCAAAUCUCCAGGGUAUACAGAUGGGUUAAAAUAUUAAAAUUUCACUGGCCAUCUUCUGCACAGCAUAAAGGCAUUUAACUUUAAUGUAUAGCGAACAAAGGAAAAUAGGAUCUUAUCAAGUGUAACCUUAAAGCACAGACUGUAAACAUCUUUGAACGGGAAGCCUCAGGCGGGCGCCGUCAUUCCCACCUCGGUGUGCAAGCUGGCCUUGCUGACAAGGGCACCAGCACACUUGCGUUUCUUAAGUUGCAUGUUGUGAAGUGAAUGGUUUUUUUUGUAAAAGUUGCCAAGUCAAUCCAGUCCUAGAUAAGUACCAACAUGGUAAUUGAUGCCCACUGUUGUCAUUAUCCACUUUGUAUUAUAUGCUUUAAAAUACCAAGCAGAUCCCAGCUGCUUACUGAUUCAGCGGACUAGUUGUGCAGUAUCUCUGCUCAGCUCCUGACCACUAGGGGGACUUGUGGCUCUUUGGUUAUCAUCAGAGAUUCUUCCCAGGCCACAGAUUUUUAUGCAAAUGUUUCUAUGGUUGCAUUCAAUCUACAAGGAAAAAGUGUACAUUGGUGCAUGUUUUAUAAACCCACACACAGAUAGUUAAAACUAUAAUAAGUUUUUCUAUACCCGAUAGCUUUGAAUUAAAAACAGAUGCUUUUCCCCUAGAGGAUUCUUUGUUCUAGGAACUACAUUCUUAACCUAACAUUAGAAAUUGGUGAUAGGAGAAACAGGAUCCAGAAUUCAGAGUUUAGCAGCUUAGGGGAAAAAAAAAAUGCAUCUUAUUCUGGCUAUUUGAAAAUAUAUUAAUUUGUAGAUAAAUCUAGAUAUAGUCUUGGAGAUCAAAGUUUUCAUAUUUCAAGACUUUGUUCAUUUCUUUGUAUCUAUCAGAACACGACAUAUGUUAGAGAACCAUUCCUCUGUCAUGUUCAUGUAUUUUGGAAUUAAGUUGUUUACAUUCACUCUUUUAUAUUCUGCCCACUUCUGUUUAUGUGCAUUUACCACAGAUGUGUUGGGACUUUGCCUAAAGGGAGACGUAUUUUGGCACCUGUAUCACUGAGGAGAGAUAGAAGGGUUGAUGACAGUGGCAUUGUCCAACUUUCUUGAGAUUGGGUCUGUACAGUUUAUUUGCAGAAGAGUUACCUAGGUUUUAACACAAAAAGUAUUACAAGAUUGAGGUGUGUAACCACUAUGGCCAUCCCCACAGGUCCAUAUUCACCCAAGUCCCAAAUUCAUGGGUGUGGGUUUAGACCUUAACUUAAAGAAAGGAACACGUGGCAACUGCAUGUCCCCAGACCACACAGGAGGACGUGGUGCACAGAAAUGCCCCCUGCCCCCUGGUGGUUAGAACAUCCCACUCCACUCCCCCCAUCCAGUAAAACUCUGGGGUACACUGCAAGGAUGGGGGAGGAGUGUGGAAACAUCUCUCAUUGGAUUUUCUCAGUAGUUUGGCUGCCCCUUUGGAAUUAGGAGAACGUUAACCCAGACCAUCUCAGGAGCCUGAAGAAUCUGCUGCUGACAGUGCAAGGGGGAUCUGCAGGAGGUGUCUGGGGAAUUCCUCUAGUUUUUAGCGAGCUCCAAGACAAGGGACCAGGAUUCCUAGUGUUUUAUUAAAGGGGAAUGUGGAUGCUGCACACCUCAGUCCCUGAGAAAUCCUUGGCUAGACAUGAAAUGAUAGAGUCCUGGCCCAUCAGUACCUUGUCUAAGUGAGUCAUGAUGAUCUGCUCUGACUUUCAGAAUGUAAGCUGGAUGUUUAAUCAUUCCCCUUGAGCAAAUCUGGAUCAGAAAAUGAAAGUUUGUGACUAGAUCAGGAUCACUUUGUGGUUAUUAUAUGUGAUCUCAAAAAAAACUGAAUAGCCAAGAAGUAACAUUUAGUAAUGACUUGAAUAUUUCCUUACACUUUGCCGGAUCUUUGGUCUGAGGAGACAUGUAAAGGAAGUGAAGUCUUUUCCUUCAUUAUCCUUUGGAACUUUAAGAGAGUCUGCCUGUUAAGUUGGAAGUGACCGUGUGGGUAUAGUACGUGUGUGUCACUGGUGAUGCUGCCAUGUCUCUUCAGUACCCAUGGGCCGGCCAGUGGUUCUGGGUUCCUCUACCUACAGUAUAGGAUUCCAUGAGGCAGAUCUUUGGGCCUAUGUGACUAGAGAAUUUGCCCAUGACAUAGCUUUACACACUAAUGAUAGAAAUUUUACCUCUAUUUUCAGUAGUUUACUACUGUUUCAUGUUGUGUACAGAACUGUUCACUCAUCCAGCUAAAAACAUUGCAUAAACCCAAGUUUUUAAUAUACACUAUCCUUGCCAUAUGACCCUUUCUCCCCACUUUACAGUACACAGUUUAAAAUCCCUAAAAAUUCAUUCACAGCAUUUCCCCAUAUUUGGAAUCUGGGCUUUGUUCUUCAUUCACCCAUGAUAAACAAGGUGACUAGAGUUUUGAAUGUGAAUUAUCUUAGGGAGUAACCCAGGGAGGGGAAAGCCCUUAGGACUUUUCAAAACUAUUUUCUUUUUAAAUAAUUCACAAGAUAGAUAAAUUAGUUCACUAAGGUAGAAAGCUUUCAAAGAUACAGUUAGGAAGAUGAAAGAAACACAGCAUUCUGCCACUAGGGGCUCUGAAAUUGGAUUGAGUGAGCUGAACAAAGAAGACAACUGUAAAGGUGACCCAUGCUUGAGCCCACACACUCCUCCACCUUGCACAGUUCCCAUCCCCUUCGCGGCUCCAUUCCUAAAAUCACCAGCGCUGAUUUCAUUGGGUCAUUUAUGUAUCGGUUUGCGGCUUUUAGGAAAAAAGAGGGGAGACAUCUAGUUUUGACUUAGAUAUAAUUCUUGAAAGUUAGGAACUACUGGCAAUUGUUCUAUCAGAUUGAACCAUAAACCAGAAGAAUUUUCUUGUUGAGCAAAACCAGUUAAGUUAGGAUAGAGGACUUUAGUGAUCCCACAGUUUUCCCCCUUUCUCCUCCUCUUCAUGAAACCAGAGUGAUGAGAAGUUGCUCUUUGAAAUACCUCCAAAGGUAUUGUAUUGUCCUUUUCCCUCCAAGCAGCCCUCUUUAUGCAUUUUUGCUCAGGCAAUCGAGGACAUAAGAGUAUUGGCAGAAACAUGGAGUGCUUUUGUAUAGGCCAUCUGUACAUAAAAGUGUAAUUAUUUAUUUAAUUUUCCCAUUUGUAUCAUAUUAAAGCUUUGUACAGUGUUUUAAGUUCUGUUUUAAAAUUAUUUUGUAUUUUAUUUUUAUAAUCUAGUAAUAAAAUAUUCAUUCCGCAUGCA